AUGCCCACAGCUCCCCCUCCACCUCCUCUGGGUCGUUCUUCCUGUUCCACUAAUUCUACUAUCCCCUCUGGCAAGUCUGAACUCAAAUUUGCCAAACCCAAUAAAUUCAGUGGCAAAAAAGAGGAUGCCCUCAACUUCAUCAUUGCCUGUCAAGCUUAUAUAAGGACUCAAGGGGCCAAUCAAUCCAAUGAGGAAAAGGUUAUGAAUGUGUUUAGAGGAGAAACCAUACCACUACUGGAGAAUAUUGAUACCUUUUGGGCUGAAUUCACCAAGCACUAUGUGGACACUAAUUGCAACAAAAACUACCACCAGAAAUGGAAAAGUCUGCAACAGAAAUCCUCAGUCCAAGAGAGAAUUUUUGAACUCCAGCAGUACUCUGUUUCCCUUGGGUACAGUGAUGGGACACUUUGCAAUAAGUACUAUGAUGGCCUUAAAAGAGAAAUCAAGGAUAUCAUGCUCUCCACUAUGUUCCAAUGGCACCACACUACUGCUCAACAAGUCUAUGACAAGGCAGAGGAAAUUGAGAAUCAUAUUGAGUCAUCAUGUCUAUCCAAUCCCUCUGCCCCAGCCACCACUUUGCAAAUUCCUACUACUCCAACACCCACUUCCAAUCCCACUUGCACUUGUCUCAUUGUUGGAGACAACAUAUAUAUGAUUGAUCCCACUACUUGUUGUGCCAGGAAAGGCACCAUUACUUCUAUUGUUUGUACCACCACCAGCAACAUGCCAAAUGUUAGAUGGAAUGGGGAAUUCAAAGACACCCUAAGCCCCUUCCCAUCUCUGAAAAAAGACAAGUGCCCAACUGUUGCCACCACUUCCAAACCAAUCUUGGCCUCUGUCCCCAUUCCUUUGUCCAAUUCUAAAGGACAAGGGCCCAUGGGUCUUGAUGGCAAAGGAUUAGCAAGUAUUACUUGUCAUGGUGUAACAUUGUGGGAAAGGCCAAGAGAGGAAAAUCAAUUUGAAGUUGUUUCUGAUGAGGAGGAGUUGGGAAAAGGAAAAGCCAAGGCCAACUAA